AUGGGACCUCUCGAGUUCCAGACGGAAAGAUGGCGACGAAUCCGGGUCCAUCAAGACGAAAAUGAAUACCUUUCGGAACUAAAGAGGUUUUUGAAAGGUCAUUUCGAUCGUUUCUCGCCGAGAUGUAUCCGGAAGACAGCAAAACAUGCGGAACUUUUCGUGUUGGAUGCUAGAGAUAUUCUCUAUCGACUGGUGCAGUCACCCAAAGAACGACCUCGGGACAUGGAAUCGGAGCUACGAAUAGUCGUACCGACUUCGCUUCGAGAAGACCUACUACACUUUGCACACGAAGAUUAUCAGGGCGGACAUCAGGGCAUCAAAAGGACCCACGAGAAACUCCGGACGGAGAUUUACUGCCCCGGUAUGUAUGCCGACGUUGGACGCUAUGUGAAAGAAUGUGUAGACUGUGCAAGUGGAAAGGGACGUCCUCCGAAUCCUGGUCCUCCGCCCGGAAGCAUGGAGCCAACUUAUCCUUUCGAAGUUCUUUCGAUGGAUUUCGUGACUCAUCUUUUAAAGUCCGAGCGAGGAAAUACCUUUUUACUUCUCUUCCAAGACAUACCGAUGAGUUCGACUACGGCACAAGAAGUGGCGGAAGUGUACGAAGAAGAAAUUUUUCGAUGGUUCGGAGCGAGCACUCUUCUGAGACACGACCAGGAUCCGAGAUUCAUAUCCAAAGUGUUCACUCGUUUCAGAGAGCUGCUGGGGAGCCGACAACGUGCAACGUUGAGCUGUCGACCCCAAGCAAAUGGUCAGCAGGAGAGAUCCGUCCAGACGGUGAUACGUUCCGUCCGGGCAUACGUUGCUGAAGCGGAUCAAAAUGAUUGGGAUGACCACGCCAAGAGAUUGAUGUUCGCGUUGAACACGUCGUUUGACAAUACUCGACUGGACCCUUCUUUCUAUCUAGUACAUGGCUGGGACGCAAAGAAUACGAUUUCGGCCAUGUUGGGUCCGAAACCGACCAACCUCUCCGAACGGACAGAAUUCAAGUGGCGUCGAAAACUUCAAAGGGAUUAA